GCCAAGCAGCUUGAAGCCCGAGAAGCAGACUUACAAAAGCAGGAUGCUUUCUACAGAGAGCAGGUGGCGCGGCUGGAGGAGAGGAGUGCUCAGUUCUUCAAGGUCACCACAGAGAACUUCCAUAAUGCUGCAGACCAAGUGAACGCCAAGUACAAGCGUUACGAGGCGUAUCCUGUGUGCGCGGACCUGCAGGGUCAGAUCCUUGCGUGCUACAAAGAGAACGUCGGAAAAACCCUUCACUGCUCUAACAUCGCAGCCCUUUACCUACAGUGUGUCAACAAUGCCAAACAGAAUGACCGGUACAUGCAUGCACCGCCAUGGACGUACGAUAAAACAAGUUGAGGACCGGGGGUUAAUGAAAGAGGGAGGAAGAGAGAGGGAGCAAAGAAGAGUUUAUUGUGUGGGAUUACUGAUUAUUGACCUACUGACAGACGGGCCAAACCACAGAGACGGAGGGAAUGAAUCAGCACCAACACACACUCACACACACACACACACACACGCUCAAAUCCCUGUGACUGAUCCAGACUAGUAGCUCCGAACACAGCAUCCCAAAUGAGAAAUAGACACACUCUCUCUCUCUCAAAUUGUAUCCUCUUCCCCUUUCCUCUUUAAACCUUUGUCUAUCUCACCUGUAAGAAUGGCAGCGAUGCACUGGUGCUCUUCACCAUUUUGGAGACACACGAGUGACCUACAGGGUCCAACCUUUGCUUGAGCUUGGCUCGCUGAAAGUUGAGCCCGAACCACCUCAAGCCUUCCAUUCCCACUCCUUCCUACUGCCUUUAGAAAAUAAAAAAAGUCUAUUUUUGCAAAGCAAAGUCAGUCCUAACUACAGUUUUCCUGUACACAGACACCCAUGUGUGCAUUUGUGUGUGUUAUGUUAUUAGUGUAACAAAUCUGCGUGUGUGUGAGUUUUUCAUCCGGACCGACACUUGUGACAAUGUCUGGUUAGAAGAAAUAAAAGACGGAACAAUGCA